AUGACUCAGAGUUGGAACCGGGCCGGCAGACCGGCCGGCGGGGCGGGUGCCGGUUCGGUCCGGUCUAUAGCUAUUACCGUCAUGUUUUCCGUAUCACUAUCAAAGACUAAGACUGAGAAAGAUGAUCCAUUUGCCAAUAUGCGAACGAAUCGAUCUGGUGGUUCUUCCACACAACCACAAGUUUCAUUUCAAGACGAAAUAAAAAAACAAAUACAACUCUAUGAAAAUUCAGCAACUUACAGCUCAUCACAAGACAAUAACCCUUUAGUUUUCUGGAGAGAACAACAACAAAUUCUUACUAUCUUAGCUAAAAUUGCAAAAUCUAUUUAUGUUAUUCAAGCAUCGUCAGCUGAAUCUGAAAGACAUUUUUCAACAAGUGGACAAAUUGUCACUGAACAACGAUCACAAUUAGAUCCUGAAUGUAUGGCUUCAAACGAACAAAAACUCGAUAUGGCUUUAGACGAUAUAAUAAAAGAUAAUCGCAGACAAAACAAUAAUCGUGGUCGAGGAAGAGGCGCCAGAAAUCCAGUUCAAAGACAACAACGGCGUGGCGGUACCUUUCAAAAUAGACGUGGUACUACUGCUCGUGGACGUGUUACAAAAUCAUACAAUAGAGGCAUAAGUCGAGGAAAUACUUAUCGUGGAAGAGGUGGAUAUACCCUCAAUAGAAAUAACCGCUCCUCAAACUAUCAACAAAAUUCAAACACUUAUCGUGGUAGUAACAAUAAUCGACGACCAUCAAGACGAGGCUAUCGAUCAAAUCCCUCAGCAACGUUUAACCCUCUUCGACGUGAUACAACUUCACCUCCGAGACAACAAGCACAACAACAACAGUUACGGUCAAGAAAUUCGUUAACAAAUCGCAAUCAAGGUGGAAAUAAAACUGGAGCUCAAAAUGUAGGAGCAUUACGUCGACGCAUGGUAGCAGCACAACGAGCAUUAAAUCGUGCACAAAAAACAUUAGCAUCAAUGCCAAAAAUCAAAUUACAACGACAGAAAUUUUUGCAACAACCAGAAACAUUGGCACAUAUUAUUUCGCGUAAUCGCAAAAAUGGAGCCAUCACCAAAAGAUCAUCGUUGGGACGAAAAUCAGCUAGUGCAUCCGCGAAUAACAAUCGACGUCGUCGCAUGUUUGUUUAA